AUGCCCCACUCCAUUCACAACAUCACCCAUCCAUUUGAAAAUGGAAACUACAGUGACAACGGUUACCGCCUGUGGUGGAUAAAGACGACGCCACCGUGUACGAUCACGGCAAGGCCAACUAGUCUUUGGUUGGAGGAGCUAUACGACUACGUCUUCUUGGGGGACAGGAUCAAAGGACCGUUUCGAACAGAUACAUGGUUCAACUUGACCGUCGAACCAACUGAGAAAUACACAACCAAUCCCCAGACACACAAUUCCACGUCAGUGAUUACAACAGAUGUAGGUCAGGAGCAGCAGAAACACGAGGCGAAAUUUUACCUUAUUGUCUCAGGUGUCUCUGUUAUAGCUGUUGCAGUGUCGGCUCUUCUCCUCGUGGGAAUGAUCAGAUGCUGCAUGUCAAGCUACAAGGCCAAGACCAACCAUAUAACUUACAGAGACAGCUGGAACAAUCACUUUCCUAUUGCCAGAUCCGCAUCGACAGGUAGCUCUCUGGGUCGGUUCAUCUCGUUUUUCCGUUACCCUGACGAGAGCCUCAGCGACAGCUUCUCGUUUGAGACACCCUCAUCUGGUACCUAUUCCUCUAGUCGCUUCAGCUUCAAUUCAUCUCACACCAGUGAUUAUACUUCAUCAUCAAGUUCAUACAGAUCUUCGAUAUAUUCUAGAAUCCGUACGCUCUUCAAUGGCCACCAUGAUAGAGACGACUUCUCCGUUUUUCGCCGCUCUUCUUCUGGAAAACUACUUACCACAUUUCAUCCACAAAGUUCAGAAGACACGAAUGUCGAAUCAUCAAGCGAGGAGACGUGCGUCCAAAGUGAAGACCCCCGUACAAACAGAAGAAUAUCAUUUAGAACGAUAAGGAACGCAUUCCGUAAUAGCUUACAAAGAAAUUCUGCAAGUAGUUUCCGAUCGAUAAGAUCAAGUAUUCAAGAGAGAAGGAAUAGAUCAAGCACAUACAGUUCGAUUCAGGAUACCUCCUAUUUGGAUGCCGAUGAGACUAGUAUAUCAACAGUUAGUGAUUCCGUUUUGAUCCCCCCAGGGGCAAGAAUGAAAGUACAACAUACUUACUUCAAAGGCUCUAAAGUUGGAGAUGAACCUAAUUCGCAGGAGAGAGGGAAUAGAUCAAGCACAUAUAGUUCGAUUCAGGAUACCUCAUAUUCGGAUGUCAAUGAGACUAGUCUAUCAACAGAUAGUGAUUCCGUUUUCGUUCCCCCGGAGCCAAGAAUGAAAGUACAACAUACCUACUUCAAAGGCUCCAAAUUUGGAGAUGAUCUUAUUUCGCAGACGACACAGAGUGGUGAGCGGUUGGUACCUGGUAGGGCAGAUGGCGCUUCUACAAGGGAUCAACACGAAAACAUAUCGGACGACGCACAGGACAGACCAGGAAUCAUCCAACCACGAAAAGUAUUACACACCUAUUUUAAAGGUCGCAAUAGGUUAAGCUCGGGUUCUAGACGGGUAAGUUUUGUAGGGAGACCACUGCCUUCCAUUCCUGAUCGACGGAGAGGAGAUGAUGACAUGGAGACCCUGAUAAACGACGUUACCUACCAAACCGUUACGUCAGGUCCGAUUGACAACAACUUAGUGCAUCAUGACUCCCGUAAUCUGCAGGCUGAAGUAGCACUUGUGCACGCGUCAGACGAUAGGGUAGAGAAUAGACUCACAUCGUGCAGUGAUGACCAGCUCGGUGUAGCAGAAUCAAACAUGGACCAUCAGCACGACCUUUCAAGGAAUACGUCGAAUUGCAGCCCAGAGUCUGAUGAAAAUGAGAUGCUGGUGGGUGCAACGGCGACGUCGGAAAAUAGUCAGCUGUACAGUGGAACGAACAAGAGAAAAAUCGCACAUAUUUAUUUUAGAGGAAAUACCCAAGCUUAAUCAUCAAUAUGUGUCUGUUUUAAGAGGUAUUUUUGUGAACGAGAAAGGAGUGUUGAUAAAUAUCUUUAGACUUGAGGGGGGUGGUAAUUUCACAGGGGAUGUGCUGCUGAAUUGAAAAUUUUCAUCACUAUGCAUUGCCGUAUAGGCAAAAGUUGUACUGUAGACCUUUUAGAAUAAUAAUGAGUGUGUGAGGUAUUGUAAAUGGACUAAAUGUCUUUGCAGCAAUAGCAUUAUGCAUCAAGAAAUAUGGUUAUUGUUCAAUCAUAUAUUGACGAGGACACAGGCAUAGUU